AAUUCAUCUCCAAACAAUUCAACGACAUCCACAAUGGGUCGGAAAACCAAGCAAAAGUCAUGCUUCGCAUGCGUUGAGACCAAGCGCCGCUGCGACAAGCGAUAUCCCUCAUGCUCACGCUGUCUCGAUCGGGAGUCAGUCUGCACUUAUCCUCCUUUGCCAAGGCGCCAACCUCUCGACUUCAUUGAGGCUGAAGCUGCUCCGGACAUGGGCUUCGGAGACAUCUGGACUUCUGCAGUUGAAGCAAAUAACCUGGCAUUAGUUGGAGAAAUGUCCGAACCAUGGCUCCUGGAUCCCGUUUUCAGCGCCAGUCUGAAUUGUCCCUCGAUACCGUCAUGGACGCCCUCUUUAUCAGAUCCAUCUUCACUACCAGGUUCAUCCUCAAGUGGGAUACCUGAGGCUUCAGGUCAGCUGACGCAUGCAUCACGAGACUUGGACUGGUUUCUUGGACCUCAAUCAUGGACUAUAGGAUAUCACUACAACGCCCCAGACGUGAUGCCUCCAGCCUCUGUCUUUACUAAUUUCAUCCGCGGCUUACAGAAUUGGUUAUCCCGUUUUGUGAAGACAGGGCACAACCCGUUUAUCCAUCGACAUCUCUACUCGGAUUCGGGAUACCCGCAGUGCAUUCAAGAUGCGUACUCUGCAUGCGUUAUCUCCGGCGCUGCCAGUAACGAGAAUGAAACCAUCGUCAAUGCGAUCUCUGCCACUCACAUCACAAAUCUGCUAAAUACUCAACCCGCCAGGGGCGCUAGUAUUAUAUCCACCAGGGACCAUCUGGCCCGCACUCAAGCCCUUCUCAUUCACAUCCUCCUCGCGCUGUUCUCUUCCUCAAUCGAACGUCGUGCAAGGGCUGAGAAUCUCAUCAGCCUUCUACAUGCUUGGAAGAAUCAGCUAUGGGAGUCUGCAACAAACGACAGUACAUUUGCCUCACCAUUGCCGAUCUUGGCGAACUCUAGUGGAACAGGUAUUGGGGAACUAGACCCUAUCCCCGGCUUAUACCGCUCGUUUAUUCUCUCCGAAUCCAUUCGCCGCACCGGGCUACUGUGCAACAUCGCCACUGGUGUCUACAGCGGUCUGAAAGGUAGCAACAUACAGUCAUGCGGGGGCGACAUGCACAUUACCACACAAGCCAGAUUUUGGGAAGCAUCUUCUUCUGCACGAUGGGAAGCUGUUGCUCGAAACACAGAUCCUUUAUUUAUCUACUCAUUGAAAGGUCAGAUGUUAUUGGAUCAUGGUGUUGGCGCUGCGCAGGUUGAUGAAUUUGCGCGACAUUUAUUUACUAUUAUGUGGGGAUUGGAAAAGGUUGAGACUUGGGUCGUGAGAACGGGGGACGAGAUUUCUGUUGUAUACUAG